CGUUAGUAACAGCUGACAGUGCGCCACAACAAGUAGUGCGUCCUCUGGUUAAUAGCGACCCACUUAUUUCGCUGACCUUACUGUGCUGUUCGCGUACUACAACUGGACACUAUUGACACCAUUAAAGGAGUGGUCAGCAUGCCCUCGACAAAGUUCUUCCAAUCAACCCGAAAGAUCAUCGGUGCUGGUGUCAACUACAAGGAGAUUCUGCUUCUCACCAACUCCCCGAAACCGGACGCACCGGUCAUCUUUUUCAAACCGACUUCCACGCUGCUCGAUGCCGAAUCGCCCUCGCCAACCAUCCGGGUGCCACGUGUGUUUGGUGGCAGGAUCAACUUCGAAGCCGAACUCGGUGUCAUCAUUGGACGGCGUGCCGCGAACGUUAGCCCGGACCAGGCGUUGACCUACGUCAGCGGAUACUGUCUGGCACUCGAUAUGACCGGCAUGGACUUUAUACUAAACGCCCGGCCCAAAGGAUUACCGUGGUGUUUGGGAAAAGGUUUCGACACCUCAACACCCGUCAGUCGAUUUAUCAGCCGCGAUGAGCUACCCGAUCCAAACGAUGUGCGUGUCUGGUGUGAUGUGAAUGGGGUCCGCAAACAGGAUGAUACGACCGCCGAGCUCAUCUUCCCGAUUGCGGACCUCAUCUCAUACACCUCACGCUUCAUGACGCUCGAGGAGAACGAUCUACUGCUGACCGGUACACCGGCCGGUGCAGGGCCCGUCCACGCCGGUGAUGUCAUCGAGUGUGGGCUCGGUACGGAUCUCGUACGAAUGCGUUGCACGGUGGAAAAUGAAUGCUGAUCACCUCUCCUUGGUUGUGUAUCGUUUUGUAUUUAAAAAAAAACAGGAAUACAGACACUGUUUCUUAAUGCUAA